AUGAUUUCUUCUGCAAUCGCCACUUCCCUACUCCUCGGCAGCCAACUUGCUGCGGCCACGUUAAUCCAACGUGAAACGACUCAAUUAGUGAACAGUACUGCCUGCUCGAAUGUUCACAUUCUGAUCGCCCGUGGAACUACCGAGUCCUAUCCCGGCUCUCUAGAGACGUUGGCUGAGCUGAUCACCGCCAACAACCCGGAUACUACAUACGAGAACCUUGUAUACCCUGCUACGGACGAGACAACCACAAAUAGCUACCAUGUUGGAAAGAAGGCUGCACGCAAGCAGCUGACUAGUUUCGUGGAGAGAUGUGGGCAUACUGACUCUCAGUUGGUUGUGCUUGCUUACUCGCAGGGAGCUAUGGUCAUUGCUGAUACCCUCGCUGGUGGUGGCGGUGACUCGACUCUGGGUAACCUGACUGCUCCAAUUGAUUAUGACAUUGGCAAACAUAUUACCGCCCUUGUCCUAUAUGGAGACCCACGCCAUGCCCCCUACCAGCCUUAUAACCAGGGCUAUGAAACAUUUAAUGUCACAGGAAAAUAUCCCCGUUCGGGAAUGCAGGUGCGCUACUUGACAGAGCAUUAUGGCAAUGUGAUUCAUGACUAUUGUAAUGCCAAUGACCCGGUUUGUGCUAGCGGUACCAACAUCACGGCUCAUUUGGUUUACCCUGAGAUUUGGGAUACGACUGCUGCUGGGUGGGUGCAGAGUGUUCUUGACCAGGAUUGA